AUGAGAGGCGAGGUUCUUCACCUGCAUCUGGGCCAGGCUGGUGCCCAGCUGGGUAACAGCGCAUGGGAGCUGUACCUCCUUGAGCAUGGUCUCGGAGCUGACGGCCGCCUCGAUCCUAAUGCCACCAAGGAUGUCGGUGGCGAUGCUGGUUCAUUCGAGACCUUCUUCACUGAAACGAGCAACGGCAAAUAUGUUCCCCGGUCCAUCUUUGUCGAUCUCGACCCUUCGCCGAUCGAUGAGAUUCGUACUGGCACCUACCGCCAGCUCUUCCACCCCGAGCUCCUGAUCAGCGGGAAGGAGGAUGCUGCCAACAACUAUGCUCGUGGGCACUACACCAUCGGCAAAGAGAUGAUUGAUAAUGUCAUUGACCGCAUCCGCCGUGUCGCUGACAACUGCCAGUCGCUCCAGGGUUUCCUGAUCUUCCACUCCUUUGGCGGUGGUACUGGGUCUGGUUUCGGUGCUCUGCUUCUCGAACGUCUCUCGACCGACUACGGGAAGAAGUGCAAGCUGGAAUUCACCGUCUAUCCGGCACCGCGUCUCUCGUCUGCCGUUGUUGAACCCUAUAACGCCGUUCUCUCGACUCACAGUACCAUUGAGAACUCGGACUGUACAUUCUUGGUUGACAAUGAGGCUGUCUACGACAUCUGCCGCCGGAAUCUGGACAUUCCCCGACCAAGCUAUGAGCACCUCAACCGUCUGAUCGCCCAGGUCGUCUCUUCGAUCACCUCUUCGCUGCGGUUCGAUGGUGCUCUGAACGUGGACUUGAACGAGUUCCAGACUAACUUGGUCCCGUACCCUCGUAUCCACUACCCUCUCAUCAGCUAUGCGCCGGUCAUUUCGGCUGCCAAGAGCCAACAUGAGAGCUUCAAGGUCUCCGACCUCACCUUCCAGUGCUUCGAGCCGAACAACCAGAUGGUCGUCUGCGACCCCCGCAAGGGCAAGUACAUGGCUGUUGCUCUCCUGUACCGCGGCGACGUUGUUCACCGCGACUGCAGCGCUGCUGUCGCUGCGCUCAAGUCCAAGGCUUCGUUCAACCUUGUUGAGUGGUGCCCCACCGGCUUCAAGAUCGGCAUCAACUACCAGAAGCCCGUCACAGUCCCCACGGCUUCCCCCCAGGACGGCGGACUCGCCGCUGUUGAUCGCUCCGUCUCCAUGUUGUCCAACACUACCGCCAUUGCAGAGGCCUGGUCGCGUCUCGAUCACAAGUUCGACCUCAUGUACAGCAAACGCGCCUUCGUCCACUGGUACGUGGGCGAGGGUAUGGAGGAGGGCGAGUUCAGCGAAGCCCGUGAGGAUUUGGCUGCCCUCGAGAAGGACUAUGAGGAGGUCGCUGCCGACUCGUACGAGCCUGAUGAGGGCGAGGCUGAGUACUAA